CAAUCGCGCACACACCCGGCUCAUGAGCGGCUGAGGGAAGACAGAUCGCUGGCAGUGUCAGUAGGGGAAGCAGGUGGGAUGAGCUGAAGCUGCUGCCCAUUUUCUACCGCUGACAAGACUCCUGGAUGGUUUCCCCAUCCCCACCCGCCUCGUUUCUCACACAGCAGCCAACAAUCCAACAGCAGCAUCACCGGGAGGAAGAGCCGCUGAGCGCCACAGAUACUCAUCACUGGAAGAAGCAGCAGCAGCAGCCGCUGUGACCGCACCAACUCCCGCACCCCAGGCAGGGGGAGAUCAGGACACUUCCAGGAUUGUGUGGGGUCAGGAAAACAGGAACCUGCCCCGUUCUUUCGCUUCAUGGUAGAAGCCGUCUGAGGAGAGCUCCGCUGGGGAUUUCCCAUCUGUCGCUGUACCUAUUGCCUUAUUGCUCCUUCCUCGCCCCCUUCUACUCUCCGCUCAGCCCAUCUCCCCUGCCCGCGAGUCAGCCUGGCUCCUAGUCACGUGUCAGUGCCCGAGGCAGAGACGGACACAGAGAGGAGCUGAUUAUUCUGCCACCGCCAUACCGUGUAUUUUACUCCUAAAAUUCUCAUUUUUAUACCAACAUUUUACUCCCACUCGUGCGAUUUGGUUUCCUUGUCAACAGAAGAUGAAGCGGUGAACAUCUGAUCCGCAGGCAGUGCAGGCCCGUAUUUGAAAAAGGAACAAUUUAAACAGUCAUUAGAAAUACAUUUGGAUGAGCGAUUGAGGGGGCGAGUUAACUUGCAUUAGGAAAGGUGACUGUCGAGACACCAGAAUGACUGGCAAAACACAGACCAGCAAUGUCACAAACAAGAAUGAUCCAAAAUCUAUCAAUUCAAGAGUUUUCAUUGGCAACCUCAACACCGGCAUUGUCAAGAAGACUGACAUUGAGGCCAUAUUUGCAAAGUAUGGAAAGAUUGUGGGCUGCUCAGUCCAUAAAGGAUAUGCGUUUGUACAGUAUAUCAGUGAGAGACAUGCGCGCGCUGCAGUUACAGGAGAAAACUCAAGGAUUAUUGGGGGUCAGCCAUUAGAUAUUAAUAUGGCCGGGGAACCAAAGCCGUACAGGCCAAAGCUAGGAACAAAGAGACCACUAUCAACUUUAUACAGUGCUUAUGACUUUGAUUAUGAUUACUACAGAGAUGAUUUCUACAAUCGGUUGUUUGAUUAUGGACAUGGGCGAGUUCCACCUCCACCCCGUGCAGUGAUCCCAUUGAAGCGCCCCCGAAUGUCUGUGCCCACAACUCGCAGGGGCAAAGGAGUAUUUUCUUUAAAGGGAGGGUCAAGGUCUGCAUCAGGAGGCUCCUCUUCUUCUGGGUCAAAAUUGAAAUCAGACGAGCUUCAGACAAUCAAAAAGGAGUUGACCCAAAUCAAAACCAAAAUUGACUCUUUGCUGGGAAGACUGGAAAAAAUUGAGAAACAGCAGAAAGCUGAAGCAGGGGAUGCUUUACUGCGGUUGUGGAUCAUGGGCCACUCAUACAAAAAGCGAGCACUGGUGAAAGAGAGAGGUCAGCAACUGGACUUCUCCAGGGAUUCGCUGGAAAUCAGGUGGCUGGGUAUCAAAGGAGCUCAAAAAAAGCAAACCGAAGAUCAUACAGAUUUAGUUCUGGAUGAUUGUAAAUCAGAAACGGCUGACAAUUCCACUGAAGAGCACAUUGGGGGAGGACAUGAUGCAGACGGUGAAGAAAUGACUGAUGGUAUAGAGGAAGACUUUGAUGAAGAUGGCAGCAAUGAGCUGAUGGAGAAUCACAUCUCAGAUAUAGAAGACACAAGUAAUUGAACUAUUCUUCUCCAGAUUAACAUGGAGACCGACAGGCUGGAUUCUGGGCAAAUGCACAUGUAAACAAUUUGUAAAGGAACUUCGGGGAAGAUCCAUGAGAAAUCAUAUUUUCUUUAAAUUAUUUAUGACUUAAAUUGUACUAUGGUCAGUUUCAUGAUAGAAUUGACAAUGCGUUUUCCUCCAUAGCUUUAUGGUAUUGCCAUCCAUAAUGUUAUUUAUAUGUUUAUUGCCAUGUCAUGGGGGGAAAUGUACACAGAUGUAUAUUUGUAAGAGCUAUUUUUUGAAUAGCACAUAAUUAGUAAAUCUGACAUCCAUGUUAGAGCUGUCUUUAGGGGGCUGCGCAGGGGAAGCUGUUCAGGGCCACAAAGAGCACCAAUGACUCAAGACUACAGGUAUAGGACCUGUAAUCCAGAAUACCCCGGACAUGGAGUUUUCAGGACAAUAGCUCACUCCGUAAUUUGGGUCUUCAUACCUUAAGUAUACUAAAAAAUCAUGUAAACAUUAAAACUAAACAAAAAUUGUAUGC